CGUCAGUCACGUUAUUCGAUAUCAUUAAAUCGUCAUCCAGGGGAUUCUGGGAUACUGCUCGUGGCGCUUGAAUCAUAUGACCUCGCGUCAUAGGAUAAAGUGUGCUAAGUGCUGUUGACCAUUGCUUACGGAACGAAGUUUAUCGGUGUAGCGUUAUCCGCAUUUGGGGGAGAAGUGUUCGUUUUCAUAAAGGAGGCAACAGAUAAAAGUGUGAAGAAUGUCGCUGUAUCCAUCUCUUGAAGACAUGAAAGUUGACCAGCUGGCAACGGCACAAUAUCGAUAUGAGUCACAGUUCGCACCACUUGCUGUAUCGCCAGCAGCAGUAUCACCACCGACAGCGCCACCCUCAUAUCCACUGAACCCCACAGAAGUUCCUGUGCUGGUUGGCAAACGUGGAGGUUCGCUGUAUCCUGCACUCUCUGACUUCAUGGGUUUGGAUCUGUCACCGCAGGCUCUUGCUGAAUUAGCACCAGAAUAUGCUUUGGCCAUACCACAGUCAACAGCUGUUGCUGUUCCUGCAGCACCUUCUGGGCCCCUUGCGGGAAUGGUGGCGCCUCUGUCAGGGCAGUCCCUGGGACUGCAGAGAGCUCAGGUGACCCAUGGAAUCAGGCAGCUUACUUUAUGUAAAGAUGCCUCUGGGAAGGUUGGUAUACGAGUGCAGGAUGUCAGCAAGGGCAUAUUUGUGUGCCUGGUCAUGAAAGGUUCUCCUGCUGCCCUGGCUGGUUUACGAUUCGGAGAUCAGAUUCUCCAGAUCAAUGGAACUACUGUUGCUGGGUUCACCAAGGAUCAGGUCCAUGCCUUGUUCCGUAAGAGUGCUGUCAAUGGAAUUUCUGUUGUGGUUCGAGACAGGCCAUUUGAACGUACAGUUACCUUGCAUAAGGAUAGCGUUGGCCACAUUGGAUUUCAGUUCAAAAAUGGGAAGAUAAUUGGGCUGGUGAAGGAUUCAUCUGCUGCCCGCAAUGGCCUUCUUACUGAGCACCAUCUGCUGGAAGUGAAUGGACAGAAUGUCGUUGGGAUCAAGGACAAGGACAUCACAGCUAUAAUUGAGGAAGGAGGUUCCAUCAUCACAGUCACUGUUAUACCUUCUUUCAUAUAUGACCACAUGAUCAACAAGAUGGCCACAAGUCUGAUAAAGGGAUCCAUGGAUCAUUCAAUUCCAGAUGUGUAAUGACUGUAUUUUUGACCUGUAAGGAGAUACUUUGUUUGAGAAAGUUUAUGGGAUAAGUUCUAAAAGUAUGUGGCAAUGGUACACUAGUACAAAUAUUAUUUUUCUGGACAUUAUCCAUCAUCUGUUUUCAUCUAAAACACUGUCCUGUUUUUAUUUACCCAAUCAGUAGAGCUAGUCUGGAGCUGGUCCGGAGACAGAGUCUAGCUCUGUCGAUUGGGCCCAACUGAAUCGAUUUUACCUGAAGAUGGAGACAGAAUCCAGUCUCCGAAAUGUAGUU